AUGACCAAGCACGAAGAAUCAUUAAUUCAAGAAGCCGAGGAUGCUGACCCUUCAAUUGCAAAACUUCCUCCUCACAAAGUCGACAAAGUCGACUUGGAAGAAGACAAAAUAAGGGGUCAAGCUGCAGAGGAAGAAGAACCAGCCCCAGCCCCAGCCGUGGACCAAAAAUUUCAGGAAGAAGAAAAAGAAGUUAGUGAAUGGAACACCAAACACGGCUUCAAGGAUCCCAAGGAGUCAUUGCUUCAAGAAGCCGAAGAUGCCGAUUCAAACAUCGCCAAAUUGCCAGCUCACAAAGUUGACAAAGCCGAAUUGAAGGAGGAUGAAACUCCUAAUCCUGAAGCUGAUGACAUUGAACAGGAGGAAGUUAAUGAUGACAAGUUGAAACAAGAGGAGGAAACAGUUACCAAAUGGAAUAAAGAGCAUGGAUUCACAGAUAAUAAGGAAUCUCUCCUUCAAGAGGCUGAAGAUUCCGAUCCAGCUAUUGCAAAGUUGCCUGCUCACAAGGUGAAGGAGGAGGAGCUUGCUGAAGAGCUUGGAAAGGAUGAGAAGCCUGAAGCGUAG